AUGGCGAGCUGCGCUGUGGUGUGCCCCAAGGAGCUGCGGGAGGCCGCGCUCACCAUCGUGCGGCGCUACAAGGAGGCCCCGCAGCGCCGGCUGCUUGUCGCCAUCGCUGGCCGCCCAGGCAGCGGCAAGACGACCAUCGCUGAAAUCCUCGCGGAGGAGGUGAAAAAGGUGCUGCGCAUGCACUCCGACGACCCCCGCGACCACGCGAAUGAUGCGGCCGUGGCGAUGCCGAUGGACGGCUACCACUUCUACCGCAAGACGCUGCGCGCGAUGCCGAACGCCGAGGAGGCGGUGGCGCGACGUGGGGCGGAGUGGACGUUUGACCCGCGCAAAUUAUGCAAGGACUUGCAGGCCAUUCGUCUGCCCGCCGCGACGGCCGAGACGACGGGAAUACCGCUCUACGAUGAGGUUCGCGUGCCUGCCUUUGACCACAGUGUGGGGGACCCGGAGGAGCACGCCAUCUGCAUCACCGGCAGCACGGCGAUUGUGAUUGUGGAGGGCAACUACCUCCUCUACCGCGGAACCCCGACGUGGGCGGAGGUGAGCCGCUGCUUCGACAUUCACGUGUUUCUCGCCUGCCCGGCGGAGCAGUGCUUGGAGCGGAUAUGCCGGCGACACAUGGUGUCGUUUAAAUUGACCCGUGAGGGGGCGAUGCUGCAGGCCGGAGGGACGGACGCCGUGAACGGCGACCUCAUCGACACGACAAAAGAAAACGCGGAUAUUGUGCUCCACUCCAUUGAAUGUAAGCUGUAG